CAGAGCAGAGCAGAGCCGGCCGCCACAGUCGUGCCCUGGAUUGUAAGAGAGAAAGAGAAGCAGCCCUCCUGCGGCCCGUAAGCCCACCACCAUGGACGUCAAACUGCUGGCACUCACGGCUCUGCUGGCCGUGGCCACACAAGUACCAGCCUCCAACGCAAAGCCCAUCAGUCUGGUUGAGCGCUGCUGGUGUCGCUCCACCCUCAACACGGUUCCUCAGCGCUCCAUCAAGGAGCUCAAGUUUCUCCACACACCCAACUGCCCCUUCCAAGUCAUUGCAAAGCUGAAGAGCAACAGGGAGGUUUGCAUCAACCCAGAAACCAAGUGGCUGCAGCAGUACUUGAAGAAUGCCAUUAACAAGGUGAAGAAGUCCAGAAGACGCAAUAACAAGAAAAACUAAACCACAGGAGAAGCCCAUAAGUCGUUGAGCCUGAUGCUCCCAGGUCAAACCUCUAUACCUCACUGUCACUGCUAUGGAUGUAUGCAAACACGCUGUAUGUACCCGUCCACAUUUCUGGACCUGCUUGCAGAACCAGCACUUCACUGCCAAAACCGUGCCGUUCCGAGCACCAUACUGAUCCCUGGAUGUCCGAGCAGUCGCCUCCUACUAUCCAUGUCAGCGCCAAAGUGCAAUUACACCUUGGAAUGCUGGGACGCAUGUUGAUGUCAAAUGCGUGUUGAGUGCUGAGUGAGUGAUGUGAGAAAGAAAGACAAUGAGUGUGUGUGUGUGUGUGUGUGUGUGUGUGUGUGUGUGUGUGUGUGUGUGUGUGUGUGUGUUUGAUUACGUGGACUAACUCUGACUGUGUGCCUGUAUAUAGUAUUUUUCUUGCUUCACACAGCUAUAAAAGGAACAAUGUUAGCUUUCUGUCUCAUGCAAGAUUUCAUGCAAAAACCAUGUCGUGUCAGAUUAACUUUAAAUACAAGCUGCUUCCUUGGAGUAAGUACAGUCGGGACUUGGUUGCCAGGUCCUGCCCUGAUAGGUCAUUUUGUGGUUUGGUAUAUUGAAGAAUUGCUUAAUUCAAAACCACCAAAGGAAAUUCAUCCAAGUCGAACCCACAAAGCAGAGAAUGUUCCCACAAUAUUGUGACAAGUUCUAAAUGUUUUAAGGACGUUCAUCAUUUCAAAUAAUGUUCCUCUAAGGUUAAAAGUGAAGUAAGACGGAACGUUUUAACAUUCAGAGGAUGCUUGGAGGAACUUGUCAGAUUAUGUUCCAUGACAACAGAAGAGGAGCGUUCUCAAACCAAUGUUAAAAAAAAUAUAUUUUCAAGAUGCUAUGGAGAUUUGAGAAGACAAUGUAAAAUGUAAUGUUAUAUAUUAACAAAGGUGUAACAUUUGCCUGCAAAAUUUUGCAUAGGAUUUGAGGACAUUGCUGGUUGGAACACUCCUACAAUGUUACAACAACAUUCUGGGAACUAAAAGAAAACUUUCUGCUGAAAACAUUGUUAGAAUUUUGCAGAACUUUACAAAGAAAAAUUCUAGCUGGGAAAUGACCACGUCCAUGUGCCUUCUACUCAUUGUAUUCUGUAAUAUUAUAAUAAUUAUACUAUAUUUAAUGUAUAUAUUAUUAAAAUAAUUACUUUGGAUGUGGGCUUUCCAGACAUAAAUGUGAAAAGUUCCUUCUGAUUUGACAUCCCUGUAUGAGGUGAACCAUCCACAACAGGGCAGAACACGAUACCACCAGUCUGGUAUCGUCUUUGAGCUUGGUGCAGGAACAAAAACUACUAAGAAACAAGCACUGAUCUGAUGGUGCUAUAUAUUCAGUAUAAGGGGCCAGAUCCAUUGACGCAACUGUAUGUUACUGUUCAUUUUAUGCAACAUUUAAGAUGAGAUACUGUGACUUCUACGUCUUAAAUGAAACUUUUUUAUCACUCAAGCAAUGUUCAAAGGGCUGUUAUAGGAAGUCUUACAUGAAAAAUUAAAUGGAAAGUGGAUUGUUAGUAGAUGGCCAUAGACUGUAAAAAAAGGGGAAAAAAACACAUCAAUGUAACUUUUUCAUUGAUUGAACAUUAACAGAGACCAAAUAUUUAUUCAGUAACACAUGCAACAUUAAGUCGUGUACAAACCUCAAAAGUCAUGACUUUUUUUUCACCUCUUGUUCAGAAAACAAGGUUGUACAUCAGCUGACACCUCAGCAAAACAGUUCAUCGCAACAGAGAAACUAAACUGCAGUAUUUUCAUACCAACACCUGUCCUUGGUAGGAAUGAAAAGCUACUAAAUUGUGAAAAGAAAAAUAGGUGAAAGAUAAAAAGGGAAUGUGGCAAGGUGGCAAAAAGAAAGUUUUUGAUUGUCCAUUUUUAUAUAUAUUUGAGCCACUUUAUUAUCAGAUGUGUCUUUUAAAUGUAAUUGUUUUAUUUUUAUAUUAUGUAUAAUCUUACUAAAUGCUUUCUAAUGCAAUGUACAGUAGGCAGUAGCUACUGAAUGAAGGCUGUUCUGUAAAGUGAUAGAAACAGUAUUAAACUUCAUUUUUUUUAAAGGAUUCAUGCAGUAUCUCUCAUAUAUGUAAUUAUUUGUUUGCAAGUAUUUUAUACACGGUAUGCAACACAUCUUGUAUGAUUGUUUUUCUACAAUUUGGAUAAAAUCUUGAGCAAAUGA